UAGCUCCAGAGGUCUGUUCGGCUUCAAGAAACGGAUUCUUACCGCAAGAUGGAGGCUCUACUCACAGCAUUUGCAAGUUUCCUGGAAAGGCUGAAGCAGUUUGCGCAAUGAGAAUAAAGAGCAUCGUUUACAUUUCCUCUUGAAGCAUCAUGGAUCAACUCUUGGAGUAUCACGACUGGCUUCCCAUCCAUGUGCCCUGAUGAAUGGCCCCUGCUUGGCGAUUACAACAUCGAGCUCCAGUUAUCGAGUGACCCAAAGGAGAACCCCUGCACCCGGGCUGCGGAGCCGCUAGACCACGGUCGAGUCAGUCUUGGCCGAAUCCGAUCAGGUCCCCUCACUUUUUGAAAUGAUUACCGAGCACUUUACUUCCAAGAGCAGAGCAGCACCGGAGGCGAGGACCCGGAUGAAUGCGACAGCUUCAUGGGCUUGAAGGACCACCUGGACGAUGCAGUAGAGGGCUUCCUGGACCUGGGUCUGGAAUUGGACUACCUCCAUGUGGAAAGCACGCACCGACAGGCUGGCGUGAGCGCCCCCUGGACCCCGCGAGAGCAGCCUGUGAUGGACAAGGUGGAGGCGGGGGCCGGGUCUGCGGAGGAGACCUGCAGCAGUUCCCUGGGGGACUCGGAGGACGGCGCCGGCUCGGACAGCGACGCGGAGCAGCUCCGCAGCGCCGGGGAGCCGCCGGGUGGCGGGUCCGCGCACCGAGGCCACCGGCAGCUCUGCCGCUCACCGUGCGUGGAGCCGCUCGCCCGGGGCCCGCCGGAUUUAUCGCCGGAAAACAAGCCCCCAGACGCGCUCAGGGAGUAUCAGACCAAAAUGGAGUUUGCGCUCAAGUUGGGGUACGCAGAGGAGCAGGUGCAGCUGGUGCUGAACAAGCUGGGCCCGGAGGCGCUGAUCAACGACAUCCUGGGGGAGCUCGUGAAGCUGGGGAGUAAGUCCGAGGCGGAGCAGGGGGGCGGUGCGGCCUCCGCGGCCUCCUCCUCCUCGUCGUCCUGUUCUUCCAGCUCGUCGUCCUCCUCCUCCUCCUCUUCCUCUUCUUCCUCCUGCGCGUCGUUAUCGCUGGCCGACAGCUCGGACCCGCUGCCCAGCGCGGAGGCGGCGGACGACAACGACAACUUAAGGCCCAUCGUCAUCGACGGCAGCAACGUGGCCAUGAGCCAUGGAAACAAGGAGGUGUUUUCUUGCCAUGGAAUUCAGUUGGCAGUGGACUGGUUUCUGGACCGAGGCCAUAAAGACAUCACUGUGUUUGUUCCUGCCUGGAGGAAAGAGCAGUCCAGGCCAGAUGCUCUCAUUACAGACCAGGAGAUCCUGCGGAGGCUGGAGAAGGAGAAGAUCCUGGUGUUCACACCCUCGCGGCGCGUGCAGGGGCGCAGGGUGGUCUGCUACGACGAUCGCUUCAUUGUCAAGCUGGCCUACGAGUCCGACGGCAUCAUCGUGUCCAACGACAACUACAGGGACCUGGCCAACGAGAAGCCGGAGUGGAAGAAGUUCAUCGACGAGCGGCUGCUCAUGUACUCGUUCGUGAACGACAAGUUCAUGCCUCCUGAUGACCCUCUUGGACGCCACGGUCCCAGUUUGGAGAACUUCCUGAGGAAGCGGCCUCAGAUUCCUGAGCACAAGAAGCAGCCCUGUCCCUAUGGAAAGAAGUGCACUUAUGGUCAUAAAUGUAAAUUCUAUCACCCAGAAAGAGGAAACCUGCCCCAGCGCUCUGUGGCCGAUGAGCUCCGAGCCAGCGCCAAAAACACUGCCAAAAGCAUUAACGAAGCAGCGCUUUUUAAGAGCCAUAGUAUGCCUUCGAGCUCCAAAGCAGAGGGCACCCCGGACGUGAAGCGUGUCGCCCCCAAGAGGCAGUCGGACCCCAGCAUCCGCACCCCGGCGAGCGGCGAGCCGGAGGAGAGGUUGUGCACCCAAGCCAAAGCCGAGACUCGCUCCCUUCCUCUGGCAGCCUGCAAAAGCACCCCCCCCCAGGCACAGAAGCUCCUGGCGCCCAGCGGCCCCGGGCCCCUGCACUGCUACCCUCAGGAUCAAAGAGGGCCCCCGGGCGUGCCGAAGAACCACGGGGUUCCGCUGCCGUACGCGGAGCAGUAUCCCAAAUGCGAUUCCCCGGACGUGAGCUACUACUCCAUGAUGAACGCCUAUUCCGGCCUGAGCCUACUGGGGCCCCGGAGCCCGGACAGGCGCUUCUCCGUGGACGCGGACUUCCGGAUCAGCUCGGUGGCCUCGGACUGCAGCAGCGAGGGCAGCAUGAGCUGUGGCAGCAGCUCUGACUCCUACGCGGGCUACAGCGAGCGGGCCUACAUGAGCUCCCCCGACCCCCUGCUAGACGACGGCCUCAAGUGCCACCAUCACCCCCCGGCGGCCCCCCUGCCCCCCCAGUCCCACUCCCACUCCCACUCCCACUCCCACGGCCGCCUGCACUCGCAGGCCUUCGUCCACCACUACCACGACGCCCUGAGCCGCGUCCAGAGCUUCGGGCACGAGGAGCCCAAGCCGCACCCGAAGGCCGCGAUGCCGUACCUCCCCCCGCACCUUCAGCACCCCGCGGUCGGGGCCCGCUCCAGCUGCCCCACCGACUACCCGGCCCCCCCGAGCGCCCCGCCGGGCCGGGCGCUGGGGUCCACGCGGCUCGACAGCGUGUCGGACUCGCGGCUCUACAGCGGCUCCCCGCUGCGGCAGAGGAAGCCCCGGGCGGGGCAGGAGCGCUUCGGGAGCUGGGACAGCCUCAGCUGGGACGCGUACGGCUACCACCAGGGCUACUCCCUGCCCAGCAAGCCCGCCCCGCCCUGCUACGAGCAGUUCGCCUUCCAGAGCGCGCCGGAGAACAGGGAGCAGGCCUGGAGGAUGCCCUGGGGCAGGGGCUACCCGCAGCAGGAGCCGCCAGGCCACGCCAGGCUCCAGGACGUGCGGGACAAGGUCUACGUCAACCUCUGCAACAUCUUCCCGGCCGACCUGGUCCGGCUGGUGAUGGGCAGGAACCCCCACAUGACGGACGCGCAGCAGCUGGCGGCGGCCAUCCUGGCCGAGAAGUCCCAGCCGGGGUACUGAGGGCGGCCGCGGUUCCCGCCGCGGCAGUGCCAUCUCAAAGGGCCCUUGCGGGGAAGCCUGAAGGCCCUUGCGGGGAAGCCUGAAGGCCCUUGCGGGGAAGCCCGAAUCGAGAGUCGCAGGACAGUCCGUGAGAUUCGUAUAAUGUGAUCGCGCUGCUGGGGGGUUCACCCCGGUCUGCCGGAGGCGCACGCAUCUUUGAAGACCCAAACUGAGUCGAAAGAAGCUGCUAAUGUCGCUGAAGUGUUUCAUGUUUCAGGGGUGCGUUAGAUGCCAAAAUCCACUUCGCGGUGUCUGAAGGGGUCAGCUGAAUGUUUUGCUACACCUUUUAGUUUGGACGGGACUGCACGUAGGCUCAGUCAAACCCAGCAAUUGACUAUAUUAUACUAAUUUCACCCGCCUCGCUCCGAGAACCCUUCUGGCGUGCUGGGGGAGUGUCGCCAUAGAGUAAGAGCAUCAUGUGUUUUGUUUUUGUUGUUGCCUUGGUUUUAUUUAUUUUGCUGUUCUUGUUUUUCCAUGGAAUAAUUUGCAGAAAAAAACGAACUUUUACAAUUAAGGAGGUGUUGGUUCUUAAGGCACUUUUUGCUGCAUAUCAAAUAUAAAAAGUUAACUUUAGGCAAUCAAUUCAAAGGAAACUCUGCUUCAUACUUUCUGGGUAUGAGAAGAUACUUCCCUGUUAUUGAAACGUAGGUGAAACUGCUUAAAGCAGAUACCAUCUUUGUAUUUGGAGACAAUGUAUUAUUUGUAAACAAAGUCGCAUCAUAAAACUUGCAUUUGGUACCUUAUAUUCAAUAUAUUUAAUCAAAUACAAUUUACAUGUAUUUAUUUGUUAAUUGGAAAGUUAGUGUAAUUAUAGCAACUUAUUCCAAAUCAUUUCUAAUGCUACCUAACCCUUGCUAAACAGAUUUCUUUUUAAUUUAUCUGCUUACCCACAGGCUAAAGUUUCCUUUUUGUGAUUCUCUGCUUAUUCUCAGCUCACAUUUUGUGGUUUACCAAUGUUGUGCAAUUUUUUUUAAUCAUUUUUCCUGAACCAGACACCAUUGAAAUUGCAAAAUGUCAGUUCUUGAGAAUAUGCAAAAUAGCGUUGGUAAUGCACUGUAGUGUACAAUUCAUGCUAUUUUAUUUAUCUUAAAGCAUAAAUUAUUGUUUUUUCUUUGUGUUCAUUUUGUUUUUGUUAGAAGAUGUAUUUUAUUGAAAUUAGUAGCAGAGCUAUUUUGUUAUUAGAUGUUCAGAAUCUUGCCACAGAUUUAGUUGUAGAAACAGACAUGCUGUCUGUGUACCUUAGUUUUAGUAAGGGAUGUUUUUGGCUUAUUCACUCAUGGGUUUCUGCUAGCUGUUUUCACAACUGCCACUUUUAUAUGCACACGGUUCAUUACAACACAUUUUAUUGUUUCAAUCCUGGGAAACAGAUUUUAAUCAACCUUAAACUUUACCUGAACCUUAUUUGCUGAGCGGGAUAUUUCUCUACUAGUUCAAGGGACCUUUCUCUCUUAAAGAGAUCUGGAUAUAUAAGCGAUGGUUUAACCCCUAUUUACAAAUUCUGAGAGCUAGGGACCCAAUUUAAUAAGAAACAUUGGAACAUUUUCAAAUAAAUGACAGGCCAUCUGCUCUACAUGAUACUUUAUCAAACUUGGGUAAUAUGAAGAACUUUACACUGUAGACCAUGGAACAAAUCACUAAAUUGCAUCAAUCGAAAAGUAAGAAAUGCAGUUUCAGUGGCAUUCAGUAUUUCUGCAAAGCAAAUUAAAUUUUCAUUAAUAUUUGUUAUUAAAUAAGGAAUUUGCUAACUUGAGAGUUCAGUCAUUCAACAUUGAAUUCCUGCACUGUACUGUCCCUGUACAGUUGUGGUCUAGAAGCACUUCUGUUUUUCCAUUAUUAUGCUUGUCAGGACAAGAAAAAAGGUGCCGAGCAUCCCUUGAAAAUAAACUGCUCUUUAAAUCCAUAUCAGCUGUUAGCAGAACCCUUGAUAGCCAGAGAACACCUUUCUGUGUUGAUACAAAUUGUAUCUUUUAAAUGAAUGAGAGUUUUUAUAUAUAAAAGAUAUAUACAGUAUAUAUAAAUAUAUGUACAGUAGUUAGAGACACCUUUAACCUGUUAUUAAAAGAUAUUUUGGGCAACAUUUUAUCAGUUAUUUUUAGCAAAGCUUUUUUCAAAAGUGCAUAAAAUGCAUUUGUUCCAAAAUUUUGGGGAGAUGAGAAUGUUAUUGAAAAAUGUGGGUACUUCAACUUAAUAGUGGGUCAUAAGAAAGAAUCAAAUACAUUUUUAGAUGGGGUCUCCUUUAAUGGGCUCAGCAACUGAUCGAAAUGUCAGUGUCAAAUCAAAACUCAACUUUAUGAAAGGUUAUAUGGUUCUGUUUGCUGUGAAGUGCUUGGGCUGUGUCUAAACCAGAUAUGAAACCUUGUAGUAGAUCAGAUUUGUUUUUAUAAAAUUAACUAUUGUCCAAAUUGACUGCAGUGGAAUGCUGUGUCAUUGAAUUUUAGAUUUCAUACAUUUUGGUCAUGCAUUAAAGAAGACCCCAGCACCACGGAUUUCUGACAAAUAAACAUAUCAGUCAAGAUACACUUUUGAAAUCCUUGGCAGUUUUUUUUUUAACUAGCCUUUUUGCAUUGGUAUCUCGUUAUUCUUGGCUCUGUCAGGGUGUUCUUGGGUGAAGCCUUUCAGGGGGUUGGCUCAAGAAAUACAAACUCUCAUUCCAAGAGAAAAGGUAAAAUGCUGCCUGAAAUAAUGUCCAAGCACCUUUUAAUGAAGAGAACCUUCUCUCUGCUUGUGUGGCACUGUGUGUCAACACGGGCAGGCUUUGGGUAUACAGUAAAUGCUUCUACAUGGCAUUGUGCUUAUUGACAAAUUCGAUAAUCUGAACCAUGUUCAGAAAACUGUAGUUCAUUUAUUUUUAUCUCAGUGUUUAUUAUUGUUAAGGAAUGUUGGGAGUUUUACUAGCAGCUUGACUUUAAAACAGCAUUCACUCGGGCUGUUCGUUGUUUUCAUUCUUCAUUACUAUGUACAGUGUUUGCAUUGAAGUAAGUUGUCCAUUUACAUACUCAUUUCAAGUAAAUAAGCUUCUUUUGAAUGCACCAUAUAUGUUAGCGUAAUAUAAUUCAUGUGGUGCCUAGAAGUAGCAUUUUUAAAUUGUAGGUUGUAUAUUAUGUACAUAAUUGCAGUUUUUCUGACUACCUUACUCUUUUCUUGAUCUUCAGCAAUUGUGUUUCUGAAAAACAAAAACCGUUGAUCUGAUCACUGUGUUAAUAUCUGUUCUCAACAGUGCAAGCCGUAGUUGUUAAAACAUUAGGCCUUAGCCUUUCAAGUAUUACUUCAAAAUCGGAGGUCUGGAACACUGUGGUUUUUUUUAAGCUGGGUAUUCUCACACUCUCUAAUCACAUGUGAACAAUAAGGUCAAUAUUAACGCUCUACAUAUAAAUCUUUAUACAAUUUAACAUAUUAACCUCCUUUGUGUUUUUUUUUACCACAAUAUGAAAAAAAUAAAAAACCAAGAAAUGUAGCUUUGGCGGGAUGUCCCAAUAAAAUGCUUUAAUGGUGUAGAAUAUUUUUUUCUGCUGUAGCACCUCAAAUGGGCUCCCAGGUUUACUCAGCUUGUCUGUCUUUCCUUCAUUCAGUUUUACCGAAUUAGUGGUGCGGUCUAUAAGCCAUUUUUCAGGUCUCUACUGAAACAUUGCGUUGCAGAUCAAGCUAUCAGAGUUUUUUUUUAAAUCCAGUUUGUGAUGGAGGCAUUAAGUCUUGGCUUGUGCGUUAGUGGCUUGCUUGGAAAUAGUUUUCGAGAGGCUUAAUGGAUUAAUAGAUUAUGUGUAGGUUACUAUUAUUCACUGGACGAAACAUUCUAGUUCAGUCCAGAUUAUUUAAAAUAAAAAAAAUUAACCUUUACUGUGUAUAUAUUUAAAAAAAUAUGAAAACCUUUCUGGAUUUCUUACUUUCAAGUAGUUUAGCUCACUGCUGUAUAUUAAUUUCAGUCCGUAUAGCAACAUGUAGAUGUUUGCUGAAGGCACAGAAGAUGAACACACAGUGACAGAAGUGAUCAGCAGACCUCUCAGCACAUCUAUGCAGAGCUGUCCUUUCUUCAUCUUGCAUACUGUUUAUAAAUCGUUUGCGUCUUGUGUGACUUACAGUACACACUAGUGUUUAAUUAGACGUUUUUGUAUUGAGUGUUUUAAAUUGUACCUAAAGGAAUGGCUACCAUUAGCACUAGAGAAUCCCGUUGUCCUAACUUUGCGCUUUGCAAUUAUGACACUGCAGCAUAUUCCUGUUGCAUUGAAGCCGGGCUAAUUCAUUCUUAGAAGUAUUGUCUUUGUAAAAGGAAGCUGCACCAUAUUUUGCUGUUGUGUUGACCGUUAAAAGAAAUGUUCAUGGUGGUGCUUGCCUAUCAGUGUAGCUGUUGUGCACAGUGUGUGUCUUAGUUGUGACAUUGUUCUGCAGCUGGUUUGCUAGGAGGUAGUUUAAUUCUUGGAAUUUUUAGGCUCCCAGGAAGGACCUGGGAUCUGGAUCUGUUCUCUAACAUAAUGAUACAGGAAGACUGGCAGGGACUUGCCACUAAACUCCCAGUCUGCUCCUGAGCCCUAUUGUCUUGCCUCCUGGCUUGUUCAUAUUUUGUUUUUUAACCGCCAGGCUUGUGAAUAUCCAGUGUGAAAUUUGCGUCCGGGGUGUGUCGGCCGUCAUUUUGUGUUUGUUCAACUAUACUGAUACAUCAGGGUUGUUAAGGGGUUGUGAAAGCAGCAGUGCUCGAAACAACCAAGUGCUCAAGUUGUCAUUUAUCUCCUGAGACUUGGCAGAAUGUUUUGCAAUUGCCAUUCUGCUUAAAAUAUAAUUUUCUAGCUUGUAAAGUUAAUAUCUUUUCUUUACGGUUAUGCCCUGUUGUUGCAAAGGAAUCUUGAGAAAGAAUUAACUUUGCCAAGUUUCUCCCAAGCUUCAUCUAUUAGGGCUAGUUAGGUAGAUCAGGGUUAAUGAACUGUCUUGCAUGUAGAAUGUAUGCUGGCACUAGAAAGGUUUUGUAACUGCCGUUCAGUGAGAUAUAUUUUUAUUUUUUCUGUUCCCAACAAUGUGGAGAGGCAGCGUCACGUGGCUCACGAUGAGAUGUUGUCUCUUUUACAUGGGUCUGCUUUCGAAGCUGGAGUCCGAAGGCCUCUGCCCGUGGGGAAAUCGUGUCAUGCAUUUCAGGAAAUGAGUCACUCUUUUGCAACACUUUCAGCUUCACCGUGGGCAGGAGAAGGGAAGUGGACUGGGAAAUUCCAUGGCUGAGGUCUGCUGCCUGAUUGAUCACCAGAAAACGGGGGGUCACAUCCAGUUCAGUCAAAACAUAAUUUUGUAACUACUGCUGUUAUUGGUUUGCUAAAAUAUAGAUGUUUUUUAUAUUUUAACCUUAAAAAAACAACAAUCGUGUAUUGUCAAUACUGCAGGUGUAGCAUCCUGUUAUAAAUGUUUUUGAGCACCCCAAUGCAACUGGUAGAGCACAGAAAUUACAAUCAGCAAUUAGCCUCUGUGCCCUGAUACCAUCUAGCUUUUAGGGACCAAAUAGUCAGGAGAUUUUUAGUGGUUCACGCUGUGCUGACUCUCUGCAUACCUGCUUCAAAGCCAUAUUUGCUGUGCAUCAUUUAAACCCCUUUUUUCCAAUUGUGAAAUGGCAAUAAGUGCUUCCUCAUUAUUCUGUGGCAGUGCCGCUUUUUCAGGUUAUAUUGGGUUUAACAGCUUUUUCAAAGCCUGGAUCUUUGCCGUUCCUUGAUUUGAAAUUCUGGAGAUAAACAUCCAACUUAUCUGGUUUUUGACAGUAAAUGUUAUAGAGCUGUCUUAUGAUAACUUUUUUUUAUAUUAUUGUGUAAAAACCAUUCACCUCGACUCCCCAGUGCUAUGAAAAAUGAUUCAAAGUAAAAGUCCCGUCUUUUGCUUUUGAAGCUUUUUUUCUUUCUCGUGGCAGCGCUGAGAGUCUGCCCAUCAGGAAGCAAAGCACACCUGUGUGUGUGAGGAGCCCCUGAUGUCAAGUUUCGAUGCAUUAAAUCGCCGAAAAGGACGAUAGAAGAUGUAAAGGGUUAGAUUUCUGAGUAAGGGUUGUAAACUAGUAAGGGAGCAAAUUAGGAUGAACACAAGAGCUAUAUGGGUCAUCAGAUAUUUCUGUAUAGUUUAGAGGGCGAUUUCCUGUGUAUGUCCUAUAGCUGACACGUGCAGUUAGAAGUAAAGGAGUGGUGUUUGGUUACUGGAUUGCUUCGGGUGUGGACAGGGAAUGUGACGGGGCACAAGCACGAAGCACAGUGGACUCGCUCGAUGGCAAGCCUUGGAGCUCAGGCAGGCCAGCAGCCAAGGUCCUGCCUUCAUCCUCUUGGCGUGUUCCCUUGGCCUGUACGAGAAGGGCAGGCCACAGAAGCUGUACUAUCGUGAGUGGGUUCCGGCUGUAAGGCGACUGGAUUGCGUGUUGCCCUGUCAAGCCAAUAGCACAGCUGGGGGAGAAACAGGGCCCUUUCUGAACCACUGCCGAGCGCCUUCAUUUGGGUUGAACCAUUUUUUCCUGGAUGAACUAUAAGGGUGUGUUUUGCUGCGAGGUGCCUGGAAAGUGUUGUAAUUCAGAAGGGAGAGAUUUAGCAAUACGGCCAGCAGAACCGUGAAGGAAUUAUCAGAAUAAGGAGUGUUGAGAAAUUCCCACGGACUGGGUGAUCUGAAAAGCGGAGGGCUUUGAUAAGGCUGUGAUGAUGUAACUUACAAAGCCUCUCGCUGUUUGUCGGGCUUAUUGUGAACAAUAACUGGUGAAAUGGAACAGACUGCUUUUAAAAAUAAAAUUAACAUGACUGGGCUUCUGUGUUUUUUUUAAAUAAAACUUAUCAUUCUACCACUUUGAGAAUAGGUUUUUUUUUCAUAACAGUGCUUUCCUUCUAAUUCUAGGAAGGGUGUUCUUCAGUUUGAACAAAUAAUUCUAAGAAAGAUCACGACUCCUGAUGUCAAAUAAAGUAGUAGUUAUUUAUUUGUAUCAGAUUAGCACAGAAAAUAUUUUAAAUUUGUGCGAGCAGGUGUUUGGUUAAUAAGAGUGGAAAGGAGUUUUGUAGAAGUCUCUUAUAUGCAUGCUAAUUUAUUCUCAGGGUACGAAGCAAUAUUUAGCAGACAUUCAUUCAUGUUCAUUUUAUUAGAGGUCAGAUCUUCAAUGAUUUGUGUUUUCCACCUCAUUAUCUGUUUCUUUGCAUCUGUUGCUUACGGUAUAAGUGGUCAUAACCUUGUUAAAAGCCCGGACGUUCUUGUUUAGGACUGGUCCCAUUUCUGUACUCACUGGGGCACUGGGUGACGUGCUGCAUGAAAGCGACUACGAUCCUGACUCAGAUGUUAUUUGCAUUUUCAGGGUGGUGACUGAACUGCCACGAGAGAAACAAAACCGCUUGUAUUUUUGUAUCCAUGGGGCUGAACCUCUAAAUAAACCUUGUGACUGUGAA